AAGAAACACAACAGCUGCAGCUGGGUAAAGAUGGCGACUCAGUGUGGGGGUAAGGCGGACAGCCUGGGCUCCGGGAGCUCCAGCGGCUCCGGGGAGCAGAUUAAAGCUAUGCUGCGGCGCUGCAGGGGUCGGCCACGGCUGUCGGACUCGGACCGAGCCCAGAGGCGCCUCGAGUCGCGGAAGAAGUACGACGUUCGGCGGGUUUACCUCGGAGAGUCGCACCGGAUCUGGAGCGACCUGCGGCGGCGGAGCAGCCUGAGCGACGCCGGACUCGCCGAGUACCUGAUCCUGCUGAACUCCGCCUACGGAGAGCGGUACCAGCGGAGACACGCAGCGCACGGCCACCAGAAGAACAACAUUCCAGAGCUGUGCAAAAAUCAGAAGAAAGGAAAGAAGGUGGCCGUCACCAGCCUGCACAGUUUAGUGAGCUGGUACCAGGAGCACUGCCAGACCUGUCCUCAUGAGCCUGAACUGCGAGCUGUGGAGCCGACGCUGGGUCUGUCCACCUCUGUUCUCUGGCAGUGUGAAGCUGAGCAUUCCUUCAUACAGCACAUCUCGUGGCCUGCGGGAGGUGCUAGUGAAUCAGAGGAGGAGGAGGAGGAGGAAGAGGAGGAUGAAGCUACAGAGGAGCCGGAGAAAAACAGAGCUGCUGAGACACCCACAACAGGUGUGCGCAUCAACACAAGGGCUAGCCGAAGAGCUGUGAACCAAACUCAGCUGACAGAUGCAGCAGAAGAGUUGGAGAGCGCCACAACGCAAGUAUCAGAAGUGUCCCAUCAGAUGUCCUCCACAGCUCUCGCUCAGCUCCCAGGAGCUCCCUCCUCGCUGGGGAACCAGGCCUCGUGGGAAGUAGGGGUGGGACCAGAGGGGGAGCCGAUCAUGUCCGAGUCGGGAAACGAAGCCUCAGCUCAGGACUUGACAAUAGAGAGCUUUCCUACAGAAGAGGCAAUCGAUCUGAAGACUGAAGGUAGAGGGAGGGGCGGAGUCAAGACUGAGAAUUACGAGUGUGUGGUGGUCUCUGCGUCUUUGAUGGAAAACGUAGAGGAGGGUUCAGACCAUGAAAGAAGGUGUGUGGAGGUGGGCGGAGCUCACACUCUCUCGGAAGGUGUCGUUCGUGCACCGAUGGCAGUAGCCCCGGUGCAGGGAGAGCUGUACGAGACCCAGACACUACAGAACAUGGUGGGCACCUGUGACCUGCCGGGCCAGCGGGCCACACUGGAGGCAUCUCAGGUUGGUGACUUAAAGCUGAUCAUCAUCACAGGACCCAGUUAUGAAGCUCUAACCUCUGAAGGCAUCCAGCUCAACGUGGGAGGUGGAGGUGUGGAGGAGGUCACCUGCACAGUUAUUGAUGGAGUGGCUUACAACCAAUUGUGCCAAUCAGGAGCCGUUCUCCAGAGCAGCGUCCCAGAGACUGAUAACAUCAUAGACCUGAGUGAGAAGCAGCAGUUGUUGGAGCCGAAUGACGAAUCGCACAAUCAGAAAGAUCUGCAGCGUUCUCCCAACAGAUCUUCUAAGAGAAGUCGACGGGGGCCAGUGAUCGAGGCAGACGGCAUGCUGAAGAUGUUUCACUGUCCGUAUGAAGGCUGCAGUCAGGUGUAUGUAGCAAUCAGCAGCUUCCAGAACCAUGUAAAUCUGGUGCACAGGAAAGGCAGGACGAAGGUGUGUCCGCAUCCCGGCUGCGGGAAGAAGUUCUACCUUUCUAACCACCUACAUCGUCACAUGAUCAUCCACUCAGGAGUGCGAGACUUUAUAUGUGAGACCUGUGGCAAGUCCUUCAAACGUAAGAAUCAUUUAGAGGUGCACAGACGCACUCACACAGGAGAGACGCCGUUACAGUGUGAAAUCUGUGGUUAUCAGUGUCGGCAGCGCGCCUCCCUCAACUGGCACAUGAAGAAGCACACCCCCGAGGCGCACUACAACUACACCUGCGAACACUGCGGCAAGCGCUUCGAGAAGCUCGACAGCGUCAAAUUCCACAAACUCAAGAGCCACCCGGACAAACAGACUACCUGAGAGCGAGGUUUAUCUGGAAGACGGAUAUCUAUAUAGAAACGGCUUUGCUGCACAUGGCGGGCGACGGGUAUGGGGAAUGGCUUCUGCUGGCCAGCACUGGUUUAAACUAGUGGACUAGUCGUGGUGUUGGUGGUCAGAGUUUCCUGUUUGUGCUCUUAGUUUUGUGUGUGUUAACAGUUUAAACAUGCUAAUGGCUGUUUCUCCAGCCUGAGUGUUGGCUUAAACAGGAGGUGGUGCCAGAGGAGAUGUGCAAGAGGAAAAUGAGCUGGACCAGAACCAGGAAAACGUGAAGGUAGAGUGUAGAACCUGCAAAUAUCGGCAUAAGGAGGAUAUGAAGUGAGUGGAGGGAUUAACAGAGUUAAUGAGUGAGUGUGUUUACAUGCACUUUAAUAUCUGUUAAUAGUCUGAUUACUGCAGUUCUCUGAUUGAUUAUUGAGAGUUAUUUAAGUACUCGGGUAAACAGUGUUCUUCAAAUUAAGAAAUCUGAUAAAUAGAGCUGGAUUUUAGCUCUGUAAUCAUAUUUCUGAGAUAAUGUAAACUAACCUAACCAGAUUAUGCUGCAAUGUCUCAGUCUGUGCAUGAGUGAAAACAGAGCCGUGGAAAUGGAAAUGGAAAUAAAAGAUCAUUCAGAACCGGCCUGUUCUCAGGGUUAGGAGACUGUGCGAAUAAAAUGCUUCUGUCUGACCCAACCUUUUUUAUUUUGUUUAUGUAUACUAUUUAAUAUUAUAUUAUAGAUAUAAUAAGGUGAUCUAAUAAAUAUAUUUGUAUUUAGAUAUCACGUAUAAUGAAUGUACAAUGAGUUAUAAUCUGCUUUACUUUCAUGUUUCUUCCAUUUUCUUCUUUUUAUAAGUAUAUGAUUGAUUUAAAACAAAAAAAAACUUCUGGUUUUCAGACCAGCACUAUUUCGUUCAGUUAAAAUGGACUCGGAUUGGUUCAUUUUCACUCUUGAUGUGGUUCGUUUCAGCAGGUGUGAAAUCAAUGAUCGUCAUUCUGAUUUAGACCCAAAACAGCCACACCGAGACCUUUGAGAGGAGGUGGUUUGCUUGUGGUGAGAAUGCGAUCUGGCCUAAAUCCGACCCAAAUGUUAAAAAUACUAUUUUAAUUUAAUACUUUUAAUAUUUUAACAGCAGUAGCCAGAAAAUUACUGUAGCUAUAAACCAACACUGUCUUGCUUGUGCUGCUGCUCCAUGUGCAAUAAGCUGUUUCACACGGAAUUCUGUGUCUG